GAUUUUGUGGAAGCCAAUCUGGGCAAGCAGUUCAUCGAACCGCCGCCAUUCGAUCUAGCCGGCAGCUAUGCAGACUCCAACGCCUGCUCACCACUCAUUUUCGUUCUGUCUCCGGGCGCCGAUCCCAUGGCCUCACUGAUGCGGUUUGGUCAGGAUCGUGGCAUUUCUCCCCAGGACAUCCAAACCAUUUCACUGGGUCAGGGCCAGGGUCCCAUCGCCGAGCGUAUGAUCAACCAGGCCAUUGUAGACGGGCUGUGGAUUGUGCUGCAGAACUGUCACCUGGCCGCCAGCUGGAUGACCACGCUGGAGAAGAUCUGUGAGGAGACCAUUGUGCCCGAGAAGACGCACGAGAACUUCCGUCUGUGGCUCACCAGCUAUCCCUCCGAUACAUUCCCCGUCUCGAUCCUCCAAAACGGUGUCAAGAUGACCAAUGAACCACCCAGGGGCCUUCGAGCAAAUCUGCUGCGUUCCUACUGCAGUGACCCAAUCUCGGACAUGUCUUUCUACGAAAAUUGCACAAAGCCCGUGAUCUGGCAUAAAAUGCUCUUUGGCCUAUGCUUCUUCCAUGCUCUCGUCCAAGAACGCACCAAAUUCGGAGCCCUCGGAUGGAACAUAGCCUAUCAGUUCAAUGAUUCGGAUCUGCGUAUUAGUGUUCGCCAACUGCAGAUGUUCCUGAACGACUACGAAGAACUGCCAUUGGACGCUCUGAGUUAUCUUACGGGCGAGUGUAAUUACGGUGGGAGGGUUACAGAUGGCAACGAUCGCCGCCUACUGGUUUCUCUUCUGGGUAUCUUCUACAACACAAAGCUAGUACACGAGGAGAAUUACAAACUGUCUCCUUCCGGGGUUUACAAGGUUCCACCAGAGGGACCAUAUGAAAGCUACUUGGCAUAUAUUCGGUCUCUUCCCCUUAUUCCAAGCCCAGAAGUAUAUGGACUUCAUGAAAAUGCCGAUAUCACUAAGGACAACCAGGAUACCCUUAUGCUGUUCAACUCAAUUUUGCUUACACUGCCUCGCCAAUCGAGUGGUGGUGGGAAGUCUGCAGAGGCCACAGUCAUGAAGCUCUAUCCGGUGGUCUACGAAGAGUCCAUGAAUACGGUUCUGCGUCAGGAACUUAUUCGCUUCAAUGGUCUCACCUCGGCUGUUCGAUCCACCCUGAAGGACCUCACUAGAGCCAUUGAUGGUUUCGUCGUAAUGUCGUCUGACCUGGAAGACGUGUACAACAGUGUGCUAAUUGGCAAGGUGCCAAGUGUAUGGGCUGCAAAAUCCUACCCCUCACUUAAACCCCUUGGCAGCUACAUGGCCGACCUUAUUAUUCGGUUGCGUUUUCUCAAUGAGUGGAUCCUCUUCAACGCACCGGAAGUGUUUUGGAUUUCCGGGUUCUACUUCACCCAGUCCUUCCUGACUGGCGUGCUGCAGAACUAUGCUCGGAAGUAUACCAUCCCUAUCGAUACCGUGGGCUUCGAUUUCAAGGUGCUAAAAACCUAUGUGAGCUCGGUCGUGGAGCCGGAUGACGCACCCAUAAACCAGAAACCGAAGGUCGACAAGAAGGGCAAGGAGAAGAAGGACAAGAAACCUGUACAAACUGAACGCCUGAACAAGUUUGAAGGAUUGACAAGGCCUGCAGACGGAGCCCUAAUAACAGGCCUAUUCUUUGACGGCGCCAGAUGGGAUGCCGAAAACGAGUGUAUUGGCGAAUCACACCCGAAGAUCCUCUUUGACACGAUUCCGACCGUGAGUCUUGCCUUCUACCCUUUUAUUCGUCGGCCUUGGCUUGUUUUUAAACCUCAUAAUGUCGUCCCAGUGAUCACGUCUUUUUCUUCUGCAAUCAUAUGA